CUGGUUAUUGUGCAUCAUGGAGGUCCACUUCCAGUUCUUUGGCAUUAUUGGUUACCUGUUCCUGGUGCCAAGCACAUGUUGCCCGGAGACCUGCGGGUGCACUACAUCUACCCAACCCUCUGUUGACUGCUCUUACCGUAACCUAAUUCAUGUGCCAGAAGAUCUUCCCUUUAACCUCAAACAGCUUAGCCUCUCUGUCAACUAUAUUAGCCACCUGAAUGCCACCUCCUUUGCCAAUAUUUUAAAAGUGACAUCUCUGUGGCUAGCUCAUAAUAGUAUCACCACUAUACAGCUGAGCACAUUUCAGAACCUGACAAACCUGAUGAGCCUGGAUCUGAGUCAUAACCAACUCCUGGAUUUCCCUUGGAGAGAUCUAUUAGCCCUCGAAGAUCUUGAGCUUCUAAACCUCAACAACAACAAACUAGCUACAGUCCUACCAGAAGCAUUCAAGAAGUCCAGAAGUUUAAGAUCCCUGCAGCUCAGUAACAAUCGUUUAUCUUCCCUGCCUGAAGGAAUUUUCGAUCCAUUGACAACUUUGUCACACCUUCAGCUACAUGGUAAUGCCUUCCACUGUUCAUGCUCCUUAUCAUGGUUAAUGGAUUGGAUGAAAAAGGUUAAAACUAUUGUUGAUAGAAAAGGUGAUAUCAUCUGUCUAACUCCUAGUGAGCUAAAGGGGGUUUCACUGGCGAAGGUGCCCGAUCUACAGUGCAGAAAGCCUUUGGAGAUAAUGGGUGAUGACCCAGAAUUGGGCAAUACGUUGCUGCUUUGCAAAGAGGUGGGUGUUCCAUAUAUGAUGAUAAACGAAAAGAACAAAAAGCAAGAAAGCUUUGGGGUAGCCAUUCACAAAUUUGCCAAUGGAACCAUUAUAUUAAGCCCUGAUAGACAAGACCUUACUUACUUAUGCCAUGUGUCCAAUCAAAGUGUAGAAAACACUGGGGAGAUUUCUGUAUCUCUUAACCAUCAUAAAAUCUCAGGAUGGCCUAAUGAGUCAGGAGAGAAGUUACUACUGUUCAUAGUAUCUGAAAGAGCAGGGUCCCUGGUGAAUGAAGCGCCAUGUGUAGUGUCAUUGUGCAUGAAACAUUGGUGUAUGUUACUUUUGCUGUUGUGGUACAUCAUUCCAUAA